GGCGGCGGCCGGUCGGUUGGGAACUGCUUCGCGGGAUGGCGGCGCGACGCGGACAGGCGCGCCUGGUGGGGUCCUGGGCGGCCGGCCGGAGGUGCGCGCCCGCUGCGCGCUCCCGCUCCUCGGUGUCGGCGGUGCUGUGGCGCGGAGAGUCCGGGCGCGUCCCUUCCCAGUCUCCUCGUUUCAACAAAAGUCGGAACUUUUUUUCCCCCCUGACGAGCCUGUUUCCUUUUCAUUUUAUAUAUUUUUUUCUUUUAAGAAAAAUCUAAAUCAAUUUUAAUUUCACCAAGAGAGAAAAUGCCAGCAGCCACCGCCACCAAAGCGGCCGAAUCCCGAUCCUCUUCCGCCGCCGGAGCCGAGGCGGCCGCCGCCGCCGCAGCGGCGAGUCUCCAGGCCGGACAGGGGCAGGCGGCGCACCCGCAGAAUGAGGCGCUCAGGCAGGUUCUCAAUGUCAUCGACAAGAAAGUGCGCAACAUGGAGAAGAAGAAGGGCAAACUGGACGACUACCAAGAAAGACUCGACAGAGGAGAAGUACUUAACCAAGACCAACUGGAAGCUGUUGGAAAGUUACAGGAAGUUGCAAAUAACCUGGAGUUUGCUCGUGAAUUGCAACGGAGCUUCAUUACAUUAGGCCAAGAUAUCCAGAAAUCACUGAAGAAAGCAGCUCGUCGGGAACAAUUGAUGCGAGAAGAAGUGGAGCAAAAGCGGUUAAAAACGGUCCUUGAGCUACAGUAUGUUUUGGACAAAUUGGGUGAUGAUGAUACACGCACUGACUUGAAACAAGGUUGGAAUGGGUCCUCUGUGCUCACUGAAGAAGAACUGGCAAUGUUGGAUGAAUUUUACAAGCUGGUACAACCUGAACGAGACAUGAACCUAAGGCUGUGUGAACAAUUUGAACAAGCGUCAGUGCACUUAUGGGACCUACUGGAAGGCAAAGACAAGAAAGUUGGGGCCACAACUUACAAGAGCCUUAAGGCAAUUGUCAAUAGACUCCUACAGAGUGGCUACUUUGACAGUAUUCAUAAUCACCAGAAUGGUAUAUGUGAAGAGGAGGAACCUUCACCAGUGCCUGUUGAGGAACAGCCUCCAGAACCAGAACCUGAAGCAGUUGAAGAAUAUGUGGAACAAACUGAUGUGGAGGCAAGAGAAUUUGUGAACAGGCAGUUCAUUGCGGAGACGCAAUUCAGCAGUAGCCAGAAAGAGCAAGCUGACGAAUGGAAUACAGAAACUGUUGAGGUUGUAAAUUCACUGCAGCAGCAACCUCAACAACAGGUGCAGCCGCCAACAGUACCUGAAAACCAUGCACUGAACACUGUUGCUCCCUCAGAUCCCUUGGUCAGAAGGCAGAGGGUACAAGAUCUUAUGGCACAAAUGCAAGGAACCUUCAACUUUAUUCAAGAAUCCAUGCUUGAAUUUGAGAGUCAAGCAAUGGACCCUGCCAUUGUUUCAGCGCAGCCCAUGAAUACUGCACAAUCCAUGGAGAUGCAACAAAUGGUCUGUACACAAGUGCACAGUGAAUCCAGGCAUGGACAGCCCAAUGCAGUUUCUGUUCAGUCAGAAGCCACACAGGUACCUUUGGUAUCAUCCACAACUGAACCAUAUGUACCAUCUCAGCCUAUGUACCAGCCUUCCCAUAUGACAGAGCAAAGAACCCAGAAAGAAUCCAUGGAAUCUAUUCAGACUACUAUGUCACUGACUUCUGAACAGACUCCAGUAUCAACAGCACUUCCUGUUGCUUCCCAGUCACAAGCUUUCAAGGCUCCUCCUACUAAACCUCUCCAUAGCAGUGGCAUAAAUGUGAAUGCUGCUCCAUUCCAAUCAAUGCAAACGGUGUUUAAUAUGAAUGCACCAGUGCCUCCUGCCAGUGACCCAGACUCACUCAAACAACAGAGUCCCUAUCAGGCCAGCUACAGCCAAGGUUUCAGUAGCCAGCCUCAGCAUCAGGUGGAGCAAUCUGAAUUGCAGCAGGAAACACUUGCAACUGUGGUUAGUCCUUACCAUGCAUCUCAAGAUCAAACGCACCCUGCUGGAGCACCUCAUCAACAGCUGUCCCAACAGCCUCAACAGAAUUCGGGCUUUGCACGCACAGGGCAGGCCUUCUACAACAGCAGAGGUGUGUCACGUGGUGGGCCACGCAAUGCUCGAGGUGGGAUGAAUGGCUAUCGGGGACCUGCUAAUGGAUUUAGAGGUGGAUAUGAAAACUAUCGCCCUCCAUUUUCAAACACUCCAAGUAGUAAUUACGGACAGUCUCCAUUUUCUGCCCCUCGUGACUACUCCAAUUCUGGAUACCAACGUGAUGGAUAUCAGCAAAACUUCAAGCGUGGCUCUGGACCUGGUGGACCUCGGGGCACUCCUCGAGGCCGGGGAGGACUGAUGAGGCCCAGAGGUAUGAAUAAGAAGAUUGUAACUGCGACCCAGAUGACUGCUCAGGAAGUGAUUUAAACUGGACCCUCCCUCUCCCUGCCUGAUGGAAGGGCUUCUUUGUGCAACUGUGAAAUGUACCAAACUGCAACCACAAAUGAAUAUCACAGCAAUUCCUGGAUUAUCGUACCCUCUGAAACCUGACUUGUUAAACCCGGCUAGUCCCUGGCUGUGGAAUCACAUGCCUCCUUUGUGGCAGUGAUUCCACAAUGUGAUUUAAAAAAAAAACAAAAACACCCAAAAAUAAAGCACACUGAUGUAACAGACAAAAAAAUAAAAGUUUAUACAAAAAUGGA